AUGAAGGGUGGAAAAGGUCCUCGACGCUCUGGUGGGACGGAUCGCGGAGGCAUUCGCAAGCGGGGUGGUCCUACACGAGUAGAUCGAGAUGGUGAUAUGGAGAUGGAUGCUGCUGGUGGAGGUGCUCGGGGCCGUGGCAAGAGAACACGAGGCGAUCAAGGCCGCCCCUCAGGCCCUCGGGCUCCUGCAGUCGAUGCGAUCCAAAAGGCGAUUUCCGGCAGCACCACCACCCCCCAGGUCAACAUCCGACAGGGCGGCAAAGGAAGCAACCUCGAACAAGUCAGCAUCCGUGGAUGGAAACAAAGCAAGGCCGCUUCGAAUCGGGACGGUGGCCACGAAAGCCUGAUCACCUUCCUGGAGAAGAAAAUCAAUGCAACCGACUCGAAAGCUGGCUCGCGCGCAAGAAUAUCAAAGUCGCGGAUUGAGGGGGACACUCUAAUCGUCUCGAUCCGGCCGGAUUUGCUGGACAGGAUUCUUCGUCUAAAUGGGUUUUCUUUCGCUGGAGCUCCUCUCACGGUCGAGAAAUAUGAUGCCAUGACCGAUCAGCCUAUGAUUUCGGACAUUGCGCAAAAUGGCAGCUCUUCAUCAGCUGCCGACACAAAAGCCAAAUUAUCGACUAUCCUCGCCAAGCGCUACUUCCAAGAUGCGAAAUUACUUAACCUCUCGGCACUCGCAACUGACCCUGACCUCAUGGCUAUGGGCAUGUUCAACACCACGUCGACCGAGUCCAAGUUUUUCCCGGCGCUGAUGAAAAUUUGGGAAACGAAUUUCACGAACUCUGCUGCGAAGCGAGAGGCUGUCAAGAGUGUUAGUCUCUCGGAUAAUCAGUUGGCCAAUAUCUCGGUAGUCACUACGCUCGCUCAGACAUUCCCCGACUUAGAGAACCUGGACUUGUCGAGGAAUGAUUUCAAGGACGCACAAGCUCUUAUCGCGUGGCGCUGGAAAUUUAGAAAUCUUGAAUUCCUCGAUCUCACAGGGAAUCCAUUCAGCGCAGAUCCCUCCUUCAAGGACACGAUGCUCAAGUGGUAUCCGAAGCUGCGAAUCUUGAACAAUACGGAAGUCCGCACGGCAGAGGAACUGGCUGCACAAAAGAAGACGCCAAUUCCCGUUCAGCCUCCCUACUUUCAGGACCAGUCGCAGAUUGCCGAAAACUUUGUCAAGGCAUUCUUCACCGGCUACGACACUAAUCGUAGUGAUAUCCUAAACAGUGUUUACGAUCAAAACUCCACCUUCUCAUUAAACGUGAACGCGACAGCCCCGAGAGCCCAACAAACCGAGACAGCAGGAUGGGACCCGUACAUAAAGAAGAGCCGGAACCUCCUCAAAAUCAAUCAUCUACCAGCUCGAAUGUCUCGGGCCUACCAGGGCGUGGAAAAGAUCCGUGAACUAUGGAACUCGCUCCCGGCAACUCGGCAUCCCGAUAUCGCGGCACACCCGGAAGAAUGGCUUAUCGAAUGCCAUCCCGUGCCGGGUCUUCCUGAUCCGACUGGGCAAAGCGCAACGGGUGUUGGUGGUUUACUCAUUAAGGUGCAUGGAAAGUUCGAGGAAAUGAGCACAGGAAAAGUGGAAUUGCGCAGUUUCGAUAGAACUUUUCUUGUCGGCCCCGGGUCAGGUGCAGGAGGCAUCAGGGUGAACAGUGAUAUCCUCUGCCUGCGGGCAUACGGUGGACACGAGGCAUGGACUGUCGAGACUUCACCUGUGCCUCAAGCAGCCCCCCCAGUACAAUUGCCUCCAAUGCCUCAAGUGCCAGGAGUCCAGCCCCCGACCCAACCGGUGGCGCCACCUGCGACUCCGGCGGGCUAUGGUAUUCCUGCGCCUGGAAAACCCGAUGCGCAAGUACAACAAGAACAACUGGUGAUGCAAAUGAGCGCCAAGACAAACAUGACUUUGCAGUACUCUGAGAUGGCGCUCUCGGGUAAUGGAUGGAACGUAGAAGUUGCGUUGAAGAAUUUCGAGGAUCUCAAAGCACAGGGACAACUGCCACCGGACGCUUUCCUCCCUGGGACGGCUUGA